UAAACCAACGCUAAUGGGAAUCGAGGUUGAAAGUUUACUUUUAGGACCGGACCGUACGCUGAUUAAUGGAGAUGUGUUUUCUCAUUUUUUCCGACACUGUCUGAAGGGAAUUUUCACCGGUUAUGGCGGACAAACUCCCCUUAAAGCUCCACAAAACACUCGAGUGCAAACAAGGGGCAGUUCGGAGUGUUUCCUUCAACGCAGACGGUAACUACUGCACCUCUUGCGGCAGUGACAAGUCACUCAAGUUGUGGAACCCUCACCGUAACUUGCUGCUCAAAACGUACUCAGGCCACGGGUACGAAGUGCUCGAUUCACGGGCGUCUUUGGACAAUUCGCAGCUGGUGUCGUGUGGAGCAGACAAGACUGUGAUUCUGUGGGAUGUUGCAUCUGGGCAGAUUCUACGAAAGUUCCGGGGCCAUGCUGGGAAAGUGAACUGUGUGUGUUUUAACGAGGAAGCGUCCGUUAUUUUAUCAGGUUCAAUUGAUUCAACCGUAAGGAUAUGGGACUGUCGCUCUCGGAAGAUGGACCCAAUUCAGAUAAUGGAUGAGGCCAAAGACAGCAUUUCCUCGAUCACCGUUUCGGAUUUUGAGAUAUUGACAGGUUCGGUUGAUGGCUACAUUAGGAGGUAUGACAUGCGAAACGGGAUGUUGCAUGCCGACUGUAUUGGGCAAUCGGCCACAUGUGUCAACUUCACCAAGGACGGCCAGUGCACUCUGGUGUCUUCGCUGGACAACAGGAUCCGACUUCUAGACAAAGACACAGGGGAGCUUCUCGGCGAAUAUGCGGGUCACCAGAACAGCAGAUACAGAGUGGAUAGCUGUAUGAAUAACGAUGACAGCCAUGUUGUGAGCGGAUCCGAGGAUGGGAAAAUCUACUUCUGGGACUUGGUCGAGGGGUCAAUGGUGACGACAAUUGAGAAAGCCGGAAAGGACAAUGUACACUCCUUGUCGUUCCAUCCUAAGGAAGUUUGUCUCUUGUCUGCUUCGGAAGGGACAAUCAAGUUAUGGAGAAGUAACUCUUAUUCCGAGGAUGGAUGAGAGACUAGAACACAUCGAAUAGGAGUAGUCUGAUGACAAUCUACCUGACUAGAACACAUGCUGUUGUGGUAUCGGACACGGGACCAAGUGGAAUUGAAGGACGAGCAUCGCUAGAACGCAUGAAGGUGAAGAUGAUUCCUAUGAGGUGGAUGGAUGAGAGACUAGAACACAUCAGAUAGGAGUAGUCUGAUGACAAUCUACCUGAC